AUGUCACACUCUGAGACUUCAUCGCCUCCGCCAACUCCGAGCCAUUCUCCUAUUCAUAUCAAGGGGGGAUAUCAGUCUCCACCUUGCAUUUGCGGUUCGGUUCCUUUGGCUUCACUUUCUGCUAACACAUUGGCUGAUUCGCUUGGAGUUUCUCCCAAGACGCCACUUUCGUUAGAGGACAUUGCUAAUAUGAAUAGAAAGCGUCACUUUCAGGAGGGAGGUGUAAUACGCAGCGGUGAAGCGGACGGACCUCUAGAGUUAGAAGCUAUAGCUGCUGUCCAUGAGUUAUCACAUGAAGUACAAGACAUCAGUGUAUCAGAAAUGCUGCCGAGAACCAGCGAUUUGAUUUUUGUCAAUGUGAAAACGCAAGAGGGUCAACCCUACACUUUAGAACUAACACUUAAAGGUUGGAGGAUCGCUUCUUCCCACACGGACUGUAUGAACGGAGAUUAUACAAAGGUACGAUUGCAAUUUGGCAGAUGA